AUGGCCACCUUCAUGGAGCACGCCUACAGUUUGGUCCACCAGGAUAAUACGGCCGACCAACCGACUUUGCAAGAGCUGAAGACGCAUCUAGAGAAGGGAUCGGAUGAUUCCAAAGUUGAAACGAUGAAGAGGAUCCUCACAAUUAUGCUCAAUGGAGACCCAAUGCCAUCGUUGCUCAUGCACAUCAUACGUUUCGUAAUGCCAUCGAAAAGCAAGGCCUUAAAGAAAUUACUUUACUUCUAUUAUGAGAUUGUUCCUAAGCUGGACGCAGGGGGGAAACUCAAGCAGGAGAUGAUUCUGGUUUGCAACGGCAUUCGUAACGAUCUACAGCAUCCCAAUGAAUAUAUCCGAGGCAAUACCCUCCGGUUCUUGUGCAAGCUCCGAGAACCCGAGUUGAUCGAACCUCUCCUUUCUUCUGCCCGAUCGUGUUUGGAGCAUCGACACGCCUACGUCCGCAAGAACGCCGCCUUCGCCGUCUCCUCCAUAUAUCACCUUUCUGAGGUCUUGAUUCCCGACGCUCCUGAACUCCUCCAAACAUUUCUCGAAGGCGAAAGUGACCACACGUGCAAGCGGAAUGCAUUUGCGGCUCUCAGUGCAAUGAACCAUGACAAGGCGCUGGAAUAUCUUGGCGGAGCUUUCGACGGCAUACCCAAUGCAGACGAGCUGCUUCAGCUGGUCGAGCUCGAGUUCAUACGCAAGGAUGCAGUGCAGAAUUCACAGAACAAGGCUCGAUAUUUGCGCCUGAUCUUCGACUUGCUAGAGGCCGGAGCCACGACCGUAGUGUACGAAGCAGCAUCAUCACUAACAUCGCUCACCAAUAACCCUGUAGCUGUCAAAGCGGCGGCGACUAAGUUUGUCGAGCUCAGUGUCAAAGAAGCCGACAACAAUGUGAAGCUCAUAGUACUAGCUCGAGUUGACCAAUUACGGAGAAGAAAUGAGGGUGUCUUGGACGACCUUACCAUGGAGAUACUUCGUGUCCUUGCUAGCCCUGACAUGGACGUUCGAAGAAAGGCUCUGAAUCUUGCUCUCGAAAUGGUCUCAAGCAAGAACGUGGACGAGGUGGUAAUGCUCCUGAAAAAGGAACUUCAAAAGACUGUGGAUGAGCAGUACGAGAAGAACACCGAAUAUCGGCAACUACUCAUUCACUCUAUACAUCAGUGUGCCAUCAAAUUCUCCGAAGUUGCGGCGUCCGUUGUAGAUCUUCUCAUGGAUUUUAUCGCAGAUUUUAAUGCCACCAGUGCCGUCGACGUUAUAUCAUUCGUCAAAGAGGUCGUGGAGAAAUUCCCCAAGCUUCGGUCUUCGAUCGUGGAACGCCUUGUCACAACGUUGAGCGAGGUCCGUGCAGGAAAGGUGUACAGAGGUGCGCUUUGGAUUGUUGGCGAAUACUCACUAGAAGCAAAUGAUAUUCGGGAAGCGUGGAAGAAGAUACGGGCGAGUCUCGGCGAGAUACCGAUUCUAUCCUCAGAACAGCGACUGCUUGAGGAAGUACCCGACGAGCAACAAGAAACAAAGGAGCAAGUCAAUGGCCACGCGAAACCUUCAGCCCCUACAGGCUCGAGAAAAGUCUUAGCAGACGGUACGUACGCCACGGAGAGCGCAUUGACGAGCGACUCGUCCGCCAAAGCCAAAUUGGAAGCUGUCAAGGCUGCACAAAAGCCUCCGCUACGGCAACUCAUAUUAGAUGGAGACUUCUACCUCGCAUCUGUGCUUUCUUCGACUCUGACUAAGCUUGUGAUGAGGCAUUCUGAGAUCUCGCAAGACACUGCUCGUACCAAUGCGCUGCGGGCUGAAGCUAUGCUUAUCAUGAUAUCAAUCAUAAGAGUUGGUCAGUCACAAUUCGUCAAGGCGCCCAUUGAUGAGGAUUCCGUCGAUCGCAUUAUGUCGUGUGUUAGAUCAUUAGCCGAAUUCGCGCAAAAGAAGGAUCUAGAGACAGUAUUCUUAGACGAUACCAGGAAAGCAUUCCGUGCUAUGGUGCAGGUCGAAGAGAAGAAGCGAGCCGCAAAAGAGGCUGUGGAGAAGGCAAAGUCAGCGGUUCAGGUAGAUGAUGUUGUUGGUAUACGGCAAUUGGCCAAGAAAUCUACGGGCGAUGGCUCCGAUCAGUUCGACGUCGAUCUCGAAAAGGCCACUGGCGGCGAUUCUGCAACUGAAGAACUCUCCUCGAAAUUGAGCAGAGUGGUCCAACUUACCGGAUUCUCGGAUCCAGUGUACGCUGAAGCAUACGUCAAAGUCCACCAAUUCGACAUCGUGUUGGACGUGUUGCUGGUCAAUCAAACCUCGGAGACGCUUCAAAAUCUAUCCGUCGAGUUUGCUACUUUAGGCGACUUGAAGGUAGUGGAACGACCGACAACUCAGAAUCUUGGGGCUCACGACUUCCAAAAUGUCCAGAGUACCAUCAAAGUGUCUUCAACAGAUACUGGCGUGAUCUUUGGCAACGUGGUUUAUGAUGGAUCCAGCUCGACAGAGAGCACCGUUGUGAUCCUCAAUGAUGUGCAUGUAGACAUCAUGGACUACAUACAGCCAGCACAGUGCACUGAAACGCAAUUCAGAACAAUGUGGACAGAGUUCGAAUGGGAGAACAAGGUCAAUAUCAAUUCAAAGGCCAAGACAUUGCGGGAAUUCCUGACGCAACUAAUGGCAUGCACGAACAUGACAUGUCUGACGCCAGAAGCAUCAAUGAAGGGCGACUGUCAAUUCUUAAGCGCGAAUCUCUACGCUCGGAGUGUUUUUGGAGAGGACGCAUUAGCAAAUCUGAGCAUCGAAAAAGAAGGAGAUGAAGGGCCGAUAACAGGGUUCGUACGCAUUCGCAGUCGAUCGCAAGGUCUUGCAUUAAGUCUGGGAUCUUUGAAAGGGUUGAACAAGGUUGGAGGUUCAACUGCAUAG